AUUGUUACUGUCGUUUGGGUUGUAUAGCGUUAGCGUAGGUUGGUUUCUUCUUCUUCUUCUUCUUCUUCUUCUGCAUUUGUUCGAAGAGGACGAUGAGGAGGCAUCUAUGGUGUAAUCUUAAACGACUUCAAUGCGUCCCUACCAUUACCAAUGUUCUCACUCAGGGAAUCUCCGUCGCCCCACCAUCCGCAGCCGCCACACCCACCUCCUCUCUCCUGAUUAUUCGUUCUUAUUCCUCAAUCGGAGAAUUGCAACCUCAGUUGUCACCAGAAAUCAUUAGGAUAAUGGAACAGAGACUUACUGCUAUCGAGUACAGGACUGCUUUUCUGCAAAAUCUUGUAAACCAGCCGGAAGCCUCACCCGCAGAGUACGCAAGAGCUAACAAGGAGCUUCGGAAACUCAAGUCUUCUGCGGACCUCAUUUCUGAGUUAAGGUCUAAGCAGAAGGAGAUCAAUGGUUUGAAGUCACUGAGGGUUGACUGUUCUGAAGAUAAAGACAUGGUUAGUAUGGCAACAGAGGAAUUGGGUGAAGCUAUGGUGGAGGAGAAAAGACUGCAGAAUUUGUUGCUGAAGUCUCUGCUUCCUAAGGAUGAUGCUGAUGAGAGGGACUGCAUUUUGGAGGUGAGAGCAGGAACUGGAGGGGAAGAGGCUUCUUUGUUUGCAAUGGAUAUAUUCAAAAUGUAUGAGAAGUACUCGCAGAAGAAAGGAUGGAAGUUUGAAGUGGUAGAUCUAACAGAAUCCGAUCUUAGAGGAUAUAAGGAAGCUAGUGCAGCAAUCUCAGGGGCUGAUGUUUACGGCAAACUUAAAUUUGAGAAGGGAAUUCACAGAGUUCAGAGAAUUCCUGUGACAGAGAAGGCUGGACGGAUUCAUACAAGUGCUGUUUCUGUCGCCAUUCUCCCUCAGGCUGAUGAGGUAGAUGUCCAGCUGAGAAAUGAAGACCUAAAAAUUGAUACCUAUAGAUCCGGUGGUGCAGGAGGUCAGCAUGCAAAUACAACCAACAGUGCUGUAAGAAUAACUCAUAUACCGUCUGGGAUGGUUGUGGCCAUACAAGAUGAACGAUCCCAACACAUGAACAAGGCCAAGGCACUUAAGGUACUGCGUGCGAAGCUAUAUGAAAUGGAGAGAUCUAGAAUUCAUAGCAAAAGAUCAAAACUUCGAUCAGAGCAGAUAGGUAGUGGUGACAGAUCCGAACGAGUUCGCACAUACAACUUUCCUCAAGGGCGCAUCACUGAUCACCGUGUUGGCAUUACUUGUCAUGCAAUAGAUGAUGUAAUGCAAGGAGAAAGUCUAGAUGUCUUUCUUGAUGCUCUUCUAUUGCAGCAGGAAAUGGAUGCAAUUGCUUGUUUCAGUUCUUCCCAAUGAAACUACUGGAUUGCAAUUCUACCGAGGUUGGCGAUAAGGGAGGUCUUUUCUCCCCCUCUAAAUGUUUAUCAUUGUUUAGCUGGCAUAUGCCUAAUAGUUUUGCUCAGUACUAUUUAUGGAUCAUUGUUCCUUUUUCCCCCGUAAGGAACUAUAAGUGACUAGAAUGCCAAUAAACUAUGGAUUUUGCGUUGAGAGAGAGAGGUCAUAGUGAUAUUAUACUAUACAAC